CAGGAUCGAGUCACUGGCGCGCCGAUUUUCAGACAAAUUUGGCCAAUAGCAGCCUCAAACUUUUCUGUCAGAACGUAAACCACCCUCCUUUUAUCGUGCUCUCAUUCCUUCCUUUCAUUCCAAACAUGUCUGUGAUUUGACCUCAACUUUCUUCAAUCCAUAUCUUCAAUCCACACGUACGAUUUUUAUAUGAAAGCUCGUCGCUCGCAGCGGAAAAUGUUCAAGUCAGCGGAAACGAUCAAGAAAAUCUCCGGUGAAAAGGAUCGCUUUGCAAUGGCCGUCCAUAGAAUAAUUCAGCGAACAGAGAAAAUGGAAAAACAGACCACAAUAUUUAUCGGAAAACCCUAACUCAGAUUUAUUAAUGAUUAGGUGCGGCGGACGAAAAAACCUGCUCAGCACCGGCCGCGGAAAGGCCCCGGGGUUCGAAACCGGAUCAGUCAAGACGUCACCUUGUAAAGCUGUUAUUUGUACUUAACGAUCUCUAUAAAUCGAAUGGCUCGACGAUCCGACUCAAUCUAAUUCUCCAAUUUUUUCGCGUAUAAACCUUUGAUGUUUGAAUGCAGGCCGCAAAACCCCCGCUCUGUGCUUUGAAAUCUUUCACCGGGCCCGAAGGCGAUGGAUCCAAGUUCAAAAUGCCGGCUUUAUCAAAAAGAUCGUCUUUUAAUGUCCCGCUGCUUUCUCUGAGAUACAAAGAUGCAUGCUUUAAUGGAAUCCAAGCCUUAACAGCCGGUAAAUUCGCAAAGCAUUGGCCGAGCAGUGAGCAGAGCUUACAGUUUGUUGAAGAUUCCGGCAAUUUGGCUAAAAAGUCCGGCAAUUUGGCUGAAAAUUACGGCAAAUUUGUUGAAAAGUCUGGAAAUUUUGUUGAAAAUUCCGGCAAUUUUGCUGAAAAUUCCUGCAAAUUUGUUGAAAAGUCCGGCAAUUUGGCUGAAAAUUCUGGCGAUGCUCCAAGCUCUCCGAAGCAAAUGCUGGGACUGAAAUGGUGGGAGUACGCCGGAAGUAACGACUGGAAAGGGCUUCUGGAUCCAUUGGACAGCAAUCUGAGGAGAGAAAUCAUAAAAUACGGCGAAUUAGUUCAGGCAUCUUACAGUGCCUGUGAUUUCGAUCCUCAAUCCAGAACCUAUGGGCGCUGCAAAUAUCCCGAAGAAUCCUUGCUGACUCAGCUCGGGCUCCAGAGCACCGGAUACAGAGUAACUCACCACAUCCACGCCACGUCAGCCAUCAAAGUUCCCCAAUGGCUGACGGCCUUGGUCUCAUCGUUCUCCCACUGCGACGCCACGUGGAUGUCGCGGCGGACCAACUGGAUCGGCUACGUGGCAGUCUGCGACGAUGACGUGGAAGUCGCCCGGCUUGGUCGGAGAGACAUUGUGGUGGCCUUCAGAGGCACUGUAACUCCUCUCGAAUGGCUCGAGAAUUUUCGAGACAUUUUGACGCCGGUCACAGUCACCGGUCAGAGGGACACAAAAGUUCAAACCGGGUUCUGGAAUCUGUACACGUGUCGGGAUUCCAACGGGCGGAGCCCGUCGUCUGAUGUGUUAGAUGAACUAAAACGACUGGUGGAUUUGUACGCUGGGGAAGAAAUUAGCAUUACGGUUACCGGUCAUAGCCUGGGAGCAGCCCUUGCGCUUCUUUGCGCCUACCAGGUCGGUAAAGCCCGUUUCCGUUGUAAACCCCACCGUUCCGUUUCCGUUCCCGUUCCGGUGACGGUUUUUUCGUUCGGCGGGCCGCGAGUCGGAAAUCGAGCUUUUGGCCGGAGAAUCGAGGAGAUGAAAGUCAAAGUGCUCAGAAUGGUUAAUACGCAGGAUGUUAUAACUAAAGUUCCCGGCGUUGUGUUGAAUCAGGAUUGGUCCCGGAAAAGUUGGAUUUUCCGGUAUUUGGAACGGAACGGUUGGGCUUACAGACACGUCGGAACGGAGCUCCGAGUGAGUAAUAAAAAUUCUCCGUAUUUGAAACCUGAUGCGGAUAUGGCCUGCUGUCAUGAUCUCGAAGCUUAUCUCCACCUUAUUGAUGGUUUUUUCAGCUCCUCCGUUCCGUUUCGGAAGAGCGCAAAGAGAGAUAUUCUUAGGUUGCUUGUUAAUCAGAAAUCAAAUGUUCUUCUCAAAGCGGCUGCCGGUAAAAAUUCACGAGUAAACAGACGAGGAGAAGUUUCUUUAUGACGGAGAUUGGCUUCGUUUUUUUAUCUUGUCUGUUUAACUUGUGAGAAUUGUUUGCGGCAUCGGCUUUUUUGCUGUCGCGCACGAAAUUUUUUCCCUUUUGUUCGUCCAACGAUCAAAGGUUGUCUGUGAAUAAUCUUAGUAAUUCUG